CAUUCCGUUCGCAGAAAACACAAGCCGAUUGUCAUUCACCCGUCACGCCGCUUGGAACUGUUUUUAAUUAGCGAUUUCUAAAAAAAAGUACUUAAGCCGAGCUGCGUUGAUUUAGUGGCCACGAAGCGGCAUGCUGUUGGGCGAAUACGACACGACCCGGCGCCUCCUGUUCAUUGUGGCCGUUCUGCUGAUUGUUUUGUAUGCGAAGACGUACCUGCUGCCCGGCGUGGAUCUGGACUACGACUAG